AUGAUUCCCCACAACUCGAUCGAUGGCACAGGAGUUUCAAAAUACCGUCUUAGGCAUCAAAUCAAGCAGCGGAUUUGGCCAAUACAGCCAAUUGGCAUAUUUGGGUACAUCUCCAUUGAUCUUCACCAUUUCAUCGGGCCGGUUCCUCAGAGUUCCAGCAGUUUGGAGCCAUUGAUAUCGGGUGGGUGA